AUGGAUGCCAAGUCAAAUCCGGUCGCCGUUAUAGGCGCAGGCCCUGUUGGGCUCUUUACUGCACUCCUUCUUGCACAGCAAGGAAUAAAGGUCAUUGUACAUGAGACGGGACCGGGCAUCAGCCAGUCUCCCAGGGCUGUCGCGUAUUUCCCGGCUGUUCUGGAGGAAUUCUCCAAAGCGGGGAUUCUCGACGCCGUCAUCGCCGCGGGUGAAAAGAACCAGGAUGGGUGCGACUGGCGAAAUAAGAACGGCGAUAUCAUCGCGGGCAUCGACCCGCCUCCAGGGAAUCCCUACUACGCCGUCAUGCUGUCGCAACCGGAAUUCUGCCAAGUCGUCCUCGACGCCCUCAUCCAGACCGGAAAUGCGGAAAUCAACUUCAGACACACACUCCGCGGUUUCCAACAGCGCGAUGGGCUGGUGGAGUACGACGUCGAAAACGAAGCGGCCAGCCAACCGCUGCGGUACAAAUGUCGGUAUUUAGUGGGAGCUGACGGCGGCAGGAGUACUGUUCGGCAGAACCUGGGAAUCCAGCUGGAGGGGUAUACGUGGGAGUCGAUGCUCUUUGUGGCUGUGAACUUCGAGUAUGGCCUCAGCGAGCUCGGCUGGAAGGCCGCCAACUUCAUCGUUGAUCCGGACGACUGGGGCGUUGUCGUCAAGCGAGGCAAGGGCAACAGCUGGCGACUGGCCACCGGGAUUCUGUGCCCUGGGGCACCUACAGUCAAGGUCAACAAGCUGAAUGAAGCCACAAUCAACAUUGUCAAAGAUCGGCUUAGUCGCUUCCUCCCUGGCGAUACAAGCCGCAUCGAGUAUCAAGCAAUUGCGCCGUACGUUGUUCACCAACGCUGUGCCUCGAGCUUUGUUCAAGGCAAUAUCUUGCUGGCUGGAGACGCUGCUCAUCUCAACAACCCGGUCGGGGGACUUGGACUCACAACGGGUAUACUGGAUGCUGCACAUCUUGCCGGAAGCCUGCGGCAGGUCCUGAAGAACGGAGCCCCUGUAGAGCUGCUAACAUCCUACUCCGAAACUAGACGGCGGGUCUUCCGCCAGACUACUAAUCCCAUCACGACUGCAAACCUGCGUCGACUAUGGUCGACGACGCCCGAAGACGUCAAGGAAAGAGAGACCUUCUUCGAGAAACUGCGCGACCCGAAGGACGUGGCCACGCCUCUACAGGUCGGUCUCGUGGACUUUUCCCUCACCUCCACCUCCCACACCAAAUUCGAUACCUACCACGAGGUGACGUGGUUUAUCUCGGUGACGAAGCGCCAGGAUUGGGAUAUGGAUACAUUCAGGCACGAGUACAGGACCGUGCAUGCCAACAUGACCAGGAAAGGCAAGGAGCAUGGCUCCCCACUCCGGCAAUACGUCCAGCUCUCGAAUAACGCGCAGACCAUGACCAUGAAAGGCGGAGUGCGAGCGGACUGGGACUAUGUCUCGUGCCUCACUUUCCCAAACCUGUUCCUCGUCCACGCUGGCUUCCAGGAUCCGGGCUACCGCGCUACUGCGGGGUCACAUAUCUUCUGCCGGCUGGAUCAGCAGGGCUGUCUUACGCAGGAAGUGGCAAGACUCAGGAACGACACAGGCAGGACGAACGAUGAUGGCCACCGUGCUCGUGCCUUGUUGUUCCACGAGCGCAGCUCCCCGACCGAUGAAUACUCGCAGGAAUGGCUUGAGGCACGGGUCGACGGACUAAGUGGCAUUGUCCGUGCUGAGAUGAGUAUCACGGAAUACGUCCUUUGGCGAGACAUUACACCCAGAAAUCUCGACUACUUUUUUCGGGAGACCCAGUUUUCUGCCGGGUCGUGGCACAGGUACAAGGCUGUCGAGGCUUUUGACUUUGUCGACGAAGAUUCCGUCGCUGCUUUUCUAGAUCGCCAUGGUGAGGUCCUCGCGAGCGAUAGGACUGGUCGUAUCACGGUGGUUGCUGGGGUGCCAGACAACAUAUUGUGA